GUGGAGCCGGAUGACGUCAUCUCACACGUUCCGUAUCUGGUACCAGCUCUGUACUGUCUGCCCAGAGCAGGCACGUGUAGUGUAACCGCCUUUCUCUUGCGGAGUUUUAUCUGCGUCCAGCUGGCGUCAUGCGGGUUAAGAAUUAAUAAAUGCCGUGACAGAGAGGCGUUCUGUGCCUCAGGAAAUAAAGAGGGACAAGGAGGGAAGUUUGGAGGGAGGAAUAGUUUUAAACCCAGCCUGGAAAGAUAGGGAGCUUAUGUUCUGGAGAGGCAGACAGUUACUGGAUCAAGCCUAGCCCAAAAUGGAAUCUUUUAACUGAGCCCAUAGGUUACUUGGAAUCCUGUUUCUCGGCUAAGAAUGGUACACCAAGGCAGCCAUCCAUUUGCAGUCAUUCGCGGGCCUGUUUAAGGAUUAGAAAGAGCAUCUUUAAUAAUCCUGAACAUUCCUUGAUGGGCCUAGAACAAUUUUCUCAUGUUUGGAUUUUGUUUGUUUUUCACAAAAAUGGUCAUUUGAGCUGUAAGGCGAAAGUGCAGCCCCCUAGGCUGAAUGGGGCAAAGACUGGAGUUUUUUCCACAAGGAGCCCUCAUCGUCCCAAUGCCAUAGGACUGACCCUGGCCAAGCUGGAAAAGGUAGAAGGUGGAACUAUAUACCUUUCUGGAAUUGACAUGAUACAGGGCACACCUGUACUAGACAUAAAGCCCUACAUAGCGGAGUAUGACUCACCACAGAACUUGAUGGAGCCUUUAGGGGACUUUGAUUUACAGAACAGUGAACAUAAAGCAGAAACUGUGCCCUGGUCUGACGACAAGCCUGAAGAGUACCGUGAGCUCCAACCCUACAGUAGCACUAAGGAGAAACCUAAGUGCCCUGAAGACAGGAAUUCAGAAGGAAACUGCCUGAAACAUGACAACACAUCGAAAAUCCGGCGAACCUUGCCUAAGGACAGGGAGAGAGUAGCAGAUCCUGGUUUGGAAUCAAGAAGUGGUCAGAGUCCAAGUGUGGCAGAAGACCAAAGUUGCCCAUGUCAUCUGGAGAGGAGUUUUCCAGAGGAAGAUACAGAUAAGAGGCCGAGAGGAGGGGAAGGAGCAGCGGCCCUGCAAGGAAGCAGUUCAGAGGAGCAGCCUGUGGCGCCUCUGUGCCCUGCCAGGAGGGGUACGGGAGGCCCCCAGAGUGUGGUUCCUGCCUGGGUGAAAGAGGCCCCGGCGGCCGCUCUAGAAGUGCGGUUUACUCCUCACGCGGAGAUGGACCUUGAACAGCUCAGUUCAGGAGGUGGACCAGAUGUUGCCCAGGUGUCGUUUAAAUAUUUUCAGUCAGCAGAGGAAGCGAAGCAUGCCAUCGAGGCUGUGCUGUCAGCCGACCCUCGCUCUGUGUAUCGCCGCAAGCUGUGCCAGGAUCGCCUUUUCUACUUCACUGUGGACAUCGCGCACGUCACCUGCUGGUUUGGUGAUGGUUUUGCAGAGGUUCUAAGGAUCAAGCCAGCUUCCGAGCCUGUUCAGGUGACUGACCCUGUGGCGUCCUUGGAGUCCCUGGGCUCUUAAGGAACCUCCAUUGCAUCUUUAAGACAGCCUCGUGGACCUUUGGAUAUGACUUCUGGAUUUUCUGUACAAGCUAGUGUUGCUCCUUCUUUGUAGGAAGGAGCAACACUUUGUGAUCUCACUCCUUUGACCCAUUUUCAGAUUAUUUAUUUGAAAAACAUGCAUUUUAAUAAAAUUAACUGAGAUAAAAUA